GAUCUCUACAGGACAUAUAUCAUGUGACGGGUCCCCUAUCAGAGCUGCAGAUAGCCUACGUCUGCAGAGAGACCAUACAGGGUCUGGGAUAUCUACACUCCAAGGGAAAAAUGCACCGUGAUAUCAAGGGUGCAAAUAUCCUCCUAACAGACAACGGGCAUGUGAAACUAGCUGAUUUUGGAGUAGCAGCCAAAAUAACAGCCACCAUUGCCAAAAGGAAGUCCUUCAUCGGGACUCCUUACUGGAUGGCCCCGGAGGUAGCAGCAGUAGAGAAGAACGGAGGUUACAACCAGCUGUGUGACAUCUGGGCCGUGGGCAUCACCUCCAUAGAACUGGCCGAGCUGCAGCCUCCUAUGUUUGACCUGCACCCAAUGAGGGCUCUGUUUCUCAUGUCAAAGAGCAGCUUUCAGCCUCCCAAGCUAAAACACAAAACUAAGUGGACCACAUCCUUCCAUAACUUUGUUAAAGUCUCGCUGACCAAGAACCCGAAGAAGAGACCGACAGCUGAGAAGCUCUUAAUGCAUUUGUUUGUAGGUCAGACGGGGCUGACCAGGAGAGUAGCUCUGGAGCUGCUGGACAAGAUGAACAACCCAGACAACCACCAACACUUCUCUGAGGUGGACGACGAUGACCUGGAGCCUCUUUCAGCAGUGAGACACAUCAUUCGUUCAACCAACAAACACUCCAGAGCAGAGAGAACUCGCUCAGAGAUCAACUUUGAUAAAGUGAAGUUUGAACCUCCGCUGAGGAAGGAAACAGAGGCUCACAUUGAAAUGGACGUGACUAAACACAGCGACUUCCCCUCUCCCUGGAGCCCUUUCGCAGAGGGAGGCAUCUCUACCAGGGGACACAUGGCCCAUCUGGAGGACGCCUUUGAAGACGUGGAGCUGUCGACCCUCAAGCACGGAAUCCCACCUCCUCUACCUCCAAAGGUAAAGCCCAAUGUACCUCUACUUUGAGGUAUAGCCUAAUUCACUGCACAUGCUUGGGUUUUCUGCAUCAG